AUGUAUUUAUGUAUUUUUGCCUGUGCUAAGUUUGCAGAGCAAACCGAGGGCAGGCUCUCUGGGAAUGAGGAGGAGCAGGAGGAGGAGGAGGAGGAGGAAGAUGAUGCCGAAGCAGCUUUGAAAAAAGAAGUGGAUCAGAUCCGUACCGCCACGGAACAGAAGCAGCGUCGGUUCCAGUCGGUGGAAAGUGGUGCUAACAACGUGGUUUUUAUUCGAACGCUGGGUGUUGAACCUGAGAAGUUGGUCCACCACAUUCUAAAGGACAUGCACGCCACCAAAAAGAAGAAAACCCGAGUCAUCCUGCGCAUGCUGCCCGUGUCGGGUACCUGCAAAGCCUUCCUUGAAGACAUGAAGCAGUAUGCAGAGACCUUUUUCGAGCCCUGGUUCAAAAGCCCCAAGAAGGGCACUUACCAGAUUGUUUACAAGGCGCGAAAUAACAGCCACCUCAGCAGGGAAGAAGUCAUAAAAGAGCUGGCAGGCGUGGUGGGCCACCUCAACCCAGAAAAUAAGGUCGACCUGAGCCACCCUGAAUACACCAUUGUGGUGGAGAUCAUCAAGAACAUCUGCUGCUUGAGUGUGGUUCAGGACUACAUUCUCUUCCGGAAGUACAACCUUCAGGAGGUGGUGAAAAGCAAAGCUGAGGGGCAGCCAGAGGCUCCCAAACCAUCCCACGAGAACGACGCCCCCGGGGCGAAAACACCCGAAGCACAGAGGGAAAACCAAAACGAGCGCCAGGACAAGACCGAGACCGCCUCCAACGACAAUCAUGAGGACUAGGACCAUGAAUGGAAGAGCCGAGAAGCAG